AACAUCUUCUUGAAGGCUACCCGUAGUCGGCGGGCUUAUUUGAAUAUCCCUCCCCAGUUGGGAGUUUCGUCUCGUGCAGCCACUCUUUUCCAGGCUCCCGGUCCCGAGAUUCGUAUCUUUGGCUGUUGCCGUGUUUAUGUAGGACUGUACCCCGACAAGGCUUCAUCAUCUUUACGGCAAGAAUCCGAAGCCCUGAACUCUACGCAAGCACACGUCAGCCGAGCCACACCCUGAAGAUGAGUCAGUCCAGUUCAGCAUGCAGACGGUAAUUUUUCACCCUUGGCCUCCUUGGCUUCUGGCUGAGCGGAGCCGACCGUCCACCGACUUGUCGCCUUGCUCGCCGCAAGCCUAGAGUUACUGUACUAUUCGUGUGCCACUCGAUGGGAGAGACGCUAGCUAGCGGUGGCGGCUGCACCCGCGAGCAACGGCUAAGACCGGAGCUGUGUUGUUUGGCGGAACAGUAAAACGGGACCUGCUAUCGCCGUUUUCCACGUGCACGUGACGCGUGCGUUUGGCAUGGCACGGCGCGCCACGGCGCGGACAGCUCGCUCGCGUGGGCUGCCAUGGAGGGAACUGAGCGUUGAGCAUGUGGUACUCGUGUAGUGAAUCGCGGCUGCAUGGAGCUGUCUCUGGGAAGGAACCUGCUCGUUUUUUUCUCACGCUCAGGGAGUGUCCUAAGUGCCCAGCAACAUCCAGCGACAUCCCGGAUGUAGAAGCACCGAUCUAGAAAUAUUCUAUAACCUUGUAAAAGUUAACUAGAUCGUACUGAAACUACCUCGGAUGUAUGCGGAUGUUGUCGACGACAUUUGUCCACAUCCCACUUGGGACACCCUCUCAGCGAAAACCGUCUGCCUCCUGCUGUACCAUCCUAGGCAUGGUACGACCCCAG